AUGGCCGCCACCAAUGCAUUCAUCGUCGCUGCCAAGCGGACGCCCUUUGGCGCGUUUGGCGGCAAGCUGAGCGGCAUGACGGCCUCGCAGCUCGGCGGCCACGCCUCCAAGGCCGCCCUGGCCCAGCUGCCCUCCGAGGUGCAGGUGGACGCCACCAUCUUUGGCAACGUGCACGCCUCGGACAACACGGCCGCCUACCUGGCGCGCCACGUUGGCCACCACGCCGGCCUGCCCGUCACGGUGCCGGCGCUCACCGUCAACCGCCUGUGCGGCAGCGGCUUCCAGAGCGUCAUCAACGCCGUGCACGAGAUCCGCGUGGGCGACGCCAACGUCGUCCUCACGGGCGGCACCGAGAGCAUGAGCCAGGCGCCCUACACGCUGUCGGGCGUGCGCUUCGGCGGCGGCAAGUACGGCGUCGACCUCAAGCUCGUCGACAGCCUGGCCGCCGCCCUGACCGACAUGGUGCCCAAGCCCACGCCCAUGGGCAUCACGGCCGAGAACCUGGCGGAAAAGUACGGCAUCACGCGCCAGCAGUGCGACGAGUUUGCGCUCCAGGGCCAGCAGCGGUGGCAGAAGGCCAACGCCGACGGCGCCUUUGCCGACGAGAUUGCGCCCGUCGAGGUCAAGGUCAAGAAGGCCACCGAGACGUUUUCCGUCGACGAGCACCCGCGCGCCAAGACGACGAUCGAGUCGCUGGCCAAGCUGCCCAGCGUGUUUAAAAAGGACGGCACCGUCACGGCGGGCAACGCGUCGGGCAUCUGCGACGGCGCCGCGGCCAACGUGGUGGCGAGCGACGAGGCCGUCAAGCGGUACGGCCUCAAGCCGCUGGCGCGCAUCGUGAGCUACGGCGUGACGGCGUGCGAACCGUCGAUUAUGGGCAUCGGCCCGGUCGAGGCGGUGCGGCUGGCGCUGCGUCGGGCGUCGCUCAAGGUCGACGACAUUGACCUGUUCGAGAUCAACGAGGCUUUCGCGGCGCAGUUCCUGUCGGUGCAAAAGGAGCUCGAGCUGCCCAACGACAAGACCAACGUGUUUGGCGGCGCCAUUGCGCUGGGCCACCCGCUGGGCGCGAGCGGCGCGCGCAUCAUUGCCAACCUGACGCACAACCUGCACCGCCUCAACAAGCGGUACGCCGUGGGCGGCGCGUGCAUCGGCGGCGGCCAGGGCAUCGCCGUCGUCCUCGAGAGGGUGUGA